GCUUCACCGAUCGGUUGCUCAAAUAAUUAUUAACUAAAGCAGUUUUAAAUUUUUACUUGAAAAAGUUUUUAGGCGGUUCGUGUUUCCUUUUUAAAAAUGGUGGUUUCGUACGCCGUUUCGCGCGUUCUAAGGCGCGCGUCGCCAUUCCUUUUUCAAAAAAGGUGUGAGUCGACAGUUGCCAGUUUCACCAAAGACGAAAUUUUAUUGAUGCUGAGACCUCCUUUCACGAAUUGGAGUAACAUCAUAAGGGAUGCUGAAAAAGUAGUCGGAUAUCCGACUUCUUUUAUGAAUUUAAGGUGUUUGUUGAGUGAUGAAUUCGCUAACCUUGCCUUGUAUUUGAGGAAAUUGGUGGGAAGUAAUCACCUGGUGAUGCAAACAGCCAAGAACAUCCUCUACGGCGACUCCAAAAACCUUCAGCCCUGGGGUCUGAUCAUCCUUCUCCUCUCCAAAUCCGUGAAAACUUCAGCACCACAGCUGAAGAACAUUGAAGAGCAGCAAAAAAAUCUAGCCGAGCUCACCGAAAUGAUAAGAACAGGCCAUUUGAUACACCACGGUAUCGUCAACGUGCCUUAUAAUAAGCGUUCUAAAAACACAGAAUCAGCAAUUUUUGGCAAUAAAAUUGCUUUACUGCUUGGGGAUUAUCUUCUAGUGACAGCUAACGGGAUGCUAGCGGAAUUGAGAAAUUCUGAUGUGUCCUACAUAAUUUCCACUGCUCUUAAAGAUCUAUCUGAAGGAGAAUUCUUUGGGGAGAGAGACGAACAGAACAUGCCUAUACCGGGAAAGCCGAAAGUGAUCGGAGAGGAUUUCGAAAUAACCUUUGACACGAAUUGUAUUUCCGUGGAUGAAGUUAUAGGUAAGCCUAGAAAAGAAUGGACGGCCAGGACAGUCUUCAAUGGCGUAAGCCUCCUUGGGAGAGGAUGCCAAUCAGCAAUGGUACUCAACAAACAGAAUAGAGAAACACAAAACCGCGCUUACCAUUUCGGAUGCCACGUAGGCUUGGCUUGGCAAGCUGCUGUGGAAUUACAGCAGCUAAAAUCAGAGUCUAAGGAGCAGUUUUGCUUGGCAAGCGCUCCUGUCUUGUUCGCCCUCGAAGGCAAUCCUAACUUAUACAAAUUUAUUGAUCAAGCGAAAAACGACGUUAAAGACGUCGAUUAUGAAGACUUGAAGUUUAAUAUCCUGAAAACUGAUGCUGUUGAUAGAACUCAGGCUUUGUAUGAGGAACAUGCACAGAAAGCAACAGCGUAUAUAGAGAGUAUGGGCCAAAACGAAGCAGUGGAAAUGGUUAAAAAAUUGAUCAAUACUUUUUGAUGUAAUUUAUUGUAAUUUAAAAAUAUUGUGUUAUUGGCAAUAAUGGCAGUGGUCCACUUGCAGCAAUUUUGUUAAAUCUCAAUUCAACCAAAACUACAUAUAUCCCAUAGCAAAAUGUCAAUUUCACAUUAUUGUCUGAGCUUUAACUAGUUUUAGUUAAGUUAAGAUUAAGCUGCAAGUGGAGUUAGUCAAAAAUAUAUUAUGUGGGUUUUAAACAGAAAGUUAUUAAAAUUUUCACCGUUUUUUAAAUUAGGUAAUGAAAAUGCAAUAUCAUACAUACAUAUUUAUUUCAAGUUUCUAGAGAAUAUGAAGUGUUCGGUUCGUAAAAUUUUGCAUACAAUCGCCAUUGUCUU